CCCACAAUGCAGCGGGGUGAUGUAUUAACAUGGCGUCAAUGCUUGCUAUUUUGAGCAGGGCCGUGGGAUUUGAAAAACAUUAUAUCGAACAGAACCAUGGAGGCAGCUAAACAAUAAUCUAAAAUCAACUUAAGAGCCUGAAAGCUUUUGCUGACCUGUCAUCGUCCUCAGCGUGGUGUUGACUCCACCAAGGGCAAGAGAAGCAGGACAGGAGGGAUGGACGAGUCCAGAAGUCCAGCAAAAAAUAAACCGUCUCAACCGAGAGUACCCAAAGCUUCAUCCGCUGAGAAGUCUAAUAAAGAGGCUCCUACGCAGAGAGAGGCUACCAAGUCUGCAACCCGCAGCAAAGAAAACCUCACUGCUACAAAGGAUGAACAUAAUAUAGGCAGUCAGGGAAGCCGUGGGCCAGGCAAGACUUUCACAGACAUUCCCCAGGACAAGAGGAGAGGACGGCCCUCCAGGGUAACAAGACUGACUGGAAGAACAAGUUCGGGGGAGAGGGGGAAAGGGAAAGCUGCAAGCUCGCAACAGAAGCUGGUGGCAAAUGCUCCGGACUCCAAGGUGUCUAUUUCUGCAGACAACAGCCCCUUGGCAAACAGAGAAACCAUCUUUCCUGUAGGGCCUGGGACACGUAAAAAAGACCUCACAGAACAGGCCAGAAGCUCAAGUGCAACUCCAGCAAAUGAUAAGUCCUAUGGGGUAAAAGCUGCUGUGUUGAUGCAUCAGCCUGUUGAAGAGGUGAGGCCGACUGUUGAAGAAGGGCCCCUAACAGAACAACAGCUGGGCCUCCGACAGGCCGAAGAGCGCCUCUACAGAGACUACAUCCAUCGACUGCUGAAACAGUCCCCCGAGUACCCAAACUAUCAAUACUUAUGCAAGCUGUGUUCCGUGCACAUCGAGAACAUUCAAGGAGCACACAAACACAUCAAGGAGAAGAGACACAAGAAGAACAUUAUGGAGAAACAGGAGGAAAAUGAGCUGCGGGCCCUCCCACCCCCCUCCGCUGCCCAGCUGAGGGCUUUAGACGCGGCAGUCCUGGAAACAGCUACGCAGUAUGGCAUCUCAGAGGAGGACUUUGAAGUUCGGAAAGCCUUGGUCAUCAAGAUGGAAGAGAUCAUAAAGAAGCACCUCUCAGCUUGUGCUCUCCGUCUGUAUGGUUCAUGUCUUACCCGAUUCGCCUUCAAGACGAGUGACAUCAACAUCGAUGUCACCCACCCCUCCUCAAUGACACAACCUGAGGUCUUGAUUCAAGUGCUGGAAAUCCUCAAGAAAAGCUCUGAGUUUUCUGAGGUGGAAUCAGAUUUUCAUGCCAAAGUUCCUGCUGUGUUCUGUCGAGAUGUUAGCAGCGGCCUGAUGUGUAAAGUGAGUGCCGGUAAUGACGUUGCCUGCCUCACCACCAAUCACCUGGCUGCCCUGUCUAGGCUGGAACCCAGAUUGAUCCCUCUGGUGCUGUCCUUCCGCUACUGGGCGAGACUGUGUCACGUUGACUGUCAGUCUGAAGGAGGCAUCCCCUCGUACUCCUUCGCCCUCAUGGUCAUUUUCUUCCUGCAGCAGAGGAAACAGCCCAUCCUCCCCAUCUACCUGGGCCGCUGGAUUGAAGGCUUCGAUGUGAAACGCGUGGACGAGUAUCACCUAACUGGAAUUUCGCUGGACUUGUUUGUCCGGUGGGAGCGCAGACCUCCGAGCUCCACGGACAACCGAAACGACACCCGAGGAGAAGGCAGACCCAAACCAGAACAGAAAAAAAUCGAUGACUCCCAUUACUCAGAAGGCUUGGCAUGUCUCAUCUUGGACUUGGGUAAAGACGUGACGCUGGGUCAGCUGUGGUUGGAUCUCCUCCGUUUCUACACACUGGAGUUUGCUCUUGAAGAACACAUCAUCAGCAUCCGCCUGAAGGAGCUCCUCUCUAGGGAAGGGAAGAACUGGCCUCGCCGCAGGCUCGCUAUUGAAGAUCCUUUUGCCUUGAAGAGGAACGUCGCACGAAGCUUGAACAGCCAAAUGGUGUUUGAGUACCUCCAGGAGCGCUUCCGUACGGCUUACAAGUACUUCGCUUUGCCUCAGAGAAGGGGCUGCGGGGGCCGCCAGAGAGGCAAGAAGGCAGGCAGGCAUGGAGCAAAGUUAGAGCACGUUGACAAGAAGCAAGAAGAUGAGAAAGUUGAAACGGGGUUCAAAGAGGACGAGGAGCCGGACAGUGACGAUGCAGAGGGAUCGGAUCCGUCCAGAAAGAAGACUGAGAAGAUGUUAUACGCCAGACUCACGGACAUGGUUUUAAAUGAAGGGGACAAACCUUCCCUCUCCCCCAACGGCCUGCUGGACAGUGACAAUGAGGGAGAGGAAGAAGAAGAGGAGGAGGAGGAAAUAAGGUUUUCAGAUAAAGAAGGGCCGGUUCUACCUGAGGAUCUUCACUAUGUGUUCGAUAAGAUGAUUUUCACUGGUGGGAAGCCUCCAACUGUGGUGUGCAGCAUCUGCAAGCGAGACGGCCACCUGAAGGACGAGUGUCCUGAAGACUUCAAGAAGAUCGAGCUGAAGCCCCUGCCUCCGAUGAACGAGCGAUUCAGAGAGAUUCUCGAUGGGCUCUGCAGAUUGUGCUUCUUUGAAUUGUCUCCCACACACGUGGAGCAGCAGAAGAGGGAGCAGAUCCUCUGCAGCCUGGAGAGGUUUAUAAGGAAGGAGUACAACGAUAAAGCUCAGCUCUGCCUGUUCGGCUCCUCUAAGAACGGCUUUGGCUUCCGCGACAGCGACCUUGACAUCUGCAUGACUCUGGAGGGCCAUGACACUGCAGAGAUGCUGAACUGCAAAGAGAUCAUUGAAGGACUUGCGAAAGUGCUUAAAAAGCAUACAGGUUUGAGGAACAUCUUGCCUAUCACAACAGCUAAAGUGCCUAUUGUGAAGUUUGAACACAGACAGAGUGGUUUGGAGGGAGACAUUAGCCUUUAUAACACCCUGGCUCAACACAACACCAGGAUGCUGGCUACGUAUGCCGCCCUGGAUCCACGCGUGCAGUUCCUGGGAUACACGAUGAAGGUCUUUGCAAAGCGCUGUGACAUCGGGGAUGCAUCCAGAGGAAGCCUCUCAUCUUACGCUUACAUCCUGAUGGUGCUUUACUUCCUGCAGCAGAGGCAGCCGCCAGUCAUUCCCGUCCUGCAGGAGAUCUUCGAAGGUAACACUGUCCCGCAGCGCAUGGUGGAUGGCUGGAAUGCUUUUUUUUGUGAUGACCCUGAGGAUUUGCGCCGACUUCUGCAGCCAAACACAGAGUCUGUCGGAGAGCUGUGGUUGGGACUCCUGCGCUUUUACACUGAAGAGUUUGACUUCAAAGAGCAUGUCAUCAGCAUCCGCCAAAGAAAACGCCUCACAACCUUUGAGAAACAGUGGACCAGUAAAUGCAUUGCUAUCGAAGACCCCUUUGAUUUGAACCAUAACCUCGGUGCUGGAGUUUCACGCAAAAUGACUAAUUUCAUCAUGAAGGCCUUUAUAAAUGGGAGGAAGUUGUUUGGGACUCCAUUCUACCCCAUCCCUGGCACUGAAGUGGACUACUUCUUUGACUCGAAGGUGCUGACAGAUGGCGAGCUGGCGCCCAACGACAGGUGCUGCAGGAUCUGCGGGAAGAUCGGCCACUACAUGAAGGACUGUCCUAAGAGACGCAGGAUGAAAAAGAAGGAAAAUGAAAAAGACGAAGACAUAAAAGAUGAGGAGCGGGAGCCAAAGGACAGGCGUUGUUUCCAGUGCGGGGACAUGGGUCACGUACGGAGGGACUGUCCUGAGUACCGCCACCUCAAACAGAGGACCGCCGGAGCGCCAGCGCCUCACAUGGUACGAAGUGUGGUGAGCUCCCAGUCCAUCCCCAUCCCAAAGACAGCUGCAGACUGUCCCGGGAGGACCAGACAGCCCUCUGAAUGUUCUGACAGUCGGCAGACUCCGCCCUACUCCCCGCAGCCCACUGCUGUCCCUCAGAGUUCCUCCAGCUCCCCGCAGCCCUCCCACAUGAAGUGCAGUCCUGCUGGUCCCCAGAAGCAGCCCGGAGGUCCCCCCCUCUCUGUUCCCCCUCUCUCUCUGUUCGGCUUCCCCCCCGCCCAUACAGGCCAGUACCACCCGGGGGCGCUUAGCGCACUGGGGCUCCUUCCCUCGCACCAGUCCCAGGGGCAGCCUCACCACCCUGUCCACAUCUCUUCCACCUCCUGGCCCAUACACGGACCGGUCCUCACCACGUCCUCUCCCAGCGCCCCCUCCCCGCCCGGCCUCAAAUUCGCCCUGCGUUCGGCGCCGGGUAACGGGAGUCCAACAGGCUCAGGGGGCAACGCCGGCCCCAUGAACCUGAACGACCCCAGCAUCAUCUUCGCCCAGCCGGCAGGGAGGCAGAUGGGCAUGGGGCCAGGCCGGGAGGGACACUGGCACAACCAUUUGGCACAACCGGGGGCACUCAUGGGCAAUGGCACUGUGGUCAAGACAGAGUCAGGCCACCCCGCCCAGUUUGUCGGUGUGAACCCGGGCUCUCGGAUAUGGGAGCACAAUAAAACUCCGCAGUACGCCCUAUCUCCAUCCUGGCCCUACAGGAUGCCCCAGAACUUCAUCCAGCAGGGCAACGGAGGCUUCCAGCCUGGAAAACCCUUCGGCCAAGGGUCCAUGGUGCAUCCAAAUCCAAACUUCCCAAUGGUCCCCCACGUUCGACAUCCAGUAAAUUUGAAUUUCAUCCAACAAAAGAAGUAAUCUUGCAUUUCCUUUUUAGUUUCUUGGUCAGUAACAAAACAAAGCAAAGUUAUGGACCCUACCAAUCAUUUGAUGAGACGGAUUUUUAAAAGGAAUAGUUUUUUCUCAUUUUUGUACAGUUUUUAUGUUCUGUGUCAUGACAUUGAUUUGUGAUACAAAUGUCAAAUAUUUUAAUACCCCCAUUUUUGAGGGGGUCCAAAAAAGUGUUUUUAUUUUAUGUGUAAAGUAAGGAGGAAAAAUAUAAACCUUUAUUUUUAUUAGCUGUAUUCAUACUUUGCUUGCAAUAUGAAGGCUUUGAAUAGACAUUUGUUUUAAAAACAAUCUUAACAUGUCACCCUAAGUAUGUAGUGCCAAAAGCAGGGAUAGCAAGAAAAAAGGGAAAAAAUCUUAAAUACAAAAAAAAAUACAAAAAAAUAAAGAAAAAAGCAAACAA